AUGACUAGCAUCUUAAAGAAUCAAAUUAUCAAGCAUCUAUCCAAAUUUGCUCGAAAUCUCAAUCCAGACAAGAUAUCUUUGGAUGUUUUGAAGGGGAAAAGCAAACUCGAAUUCAUUGAAAUCAAUGAGGAAGUUCUCACGGAUGUCCUGGAACUUCCUCCAUGGCUUCGAAUUAGGCAAGCGUUCUGCGUAGGGGUUACCGUAAGCGUACCUUGGACAAAAUUGAAAAGUGCUCCUGUGGUGAUAUUCAUCGAUGAAAUCAAUGUUAAUGCUGUGCUCACCGGCGAACCUCCGCAUAAGAAGACAGACCGUCCUGCAAGUGGUCUCUCCGAAAAUUCGUCGUAUGGGUUCGCGGACAAGGUCGUGGAAGGCUUGUCGUUGUACAUUAAUACCGUCGAAAUUAACUUUGACUCCGAUGCGUUUGGAGGAUCGUUUAUGUUGUCGAGGCUGUCAGUUGAAAGUAGGACACCAGGAUGGCAAGCCGCUCAGGACUUGAGGCAGACUCGUAUAAACUGUACAGUUAUUAAUAGAGCACUUAUCUUCAAGCAGAUUUCUUGGCAUCUGCUUCGUAUCGAAGCAUCGGCGAAAACAGAUAGGAACGAGAAACGAUGUACAGUCAAUGCCCCUCUACGGCUAAUCACUAGCGGUGGUAAAAUCAGGGUUACGCUCAAAAAGAACACUAUUGAUGGGUCUGUUGAAAAUGCUCAAAUUCACAUGCUUCUUGAUGAUAUUUUAUGGGUUGCAACCUUACCACAACUGCGGUCUGCCAUUGCAUUUUCUUCAUAUUUGAUGAGUCUAGUUCGACAAUGUGAAAAAGAGUACCCACCGGUGGCUACAUUACCAACAAAACCCGUGGAAUCACUUACACCAAAUGGUCAGACCGCAACUGUAUCUAACGUCUUCCGAGCUUUCGACUUUGAUCAAACCUCUCAUCAUUUACAUAUCAAGAAAGUCGAUCUCCAUCUCUGUGAUGAUGCCCAUUCUAAUAUAACCUAUCCACCUGGAUGGGACAUUGAAAGCGGCGCAAUGCAGGUAACACUCUAUAGAGUCCUCGUUGACAUUUAUCCAAGAACUCUCGCUUCAUCCGAUCGGAGAAAUUGGCCUCGCUAUUCUGCACCAAAUGACUUCUCUCGGUGGAUCGAUACAAGGCUUGAAAAACAGUUCUCAAAGUUCUGUACUGAAACAGAUGAAGCUUUGCAAACCAGAUUAAUGCGGUGUUGGCCACAAUUGCUGUCUUUCAAUGUUGUGCUCCGAAUUCAUGACCUCAUAAUACAAUGUGUUUCUGAUGCAAGCUCAAAGAGAGAUAGCCUUCAGAAUAUGUUCACUAGCGAUCGGCAUUCGCGGUCGUUGCCGAACGAUCAGUACAUUGUUCAUUUCGAGUUCGCGAAUUUCGUCCAUCCGAUGUCAAAUUCUCUCCCAGUUCCAUCACCUGCGAGCUUCCUUCAGCUUGGUCCGUUUUCUAUUCUGUUUGAUAAAAGAACAUUGCGAUGGUGUCUUUACAUAGUGCACAACCUCGCUACUGCUUUCGAACAAUCUCUUGGGGUUAACAUGGAACCUAUUCCACACUCAGACAUACGAAUAGAUUUGCUUAUGCCGAAGGUGAUAAUUCAUUUUCCAUCUCCGUCAUCGAAUGAUCGGCGCUUUCCUCUUCGCCUAUUAAUUUCGUUCUCUGCACUUUCUUUGUCAAACACAACGUUCGACAGUGAUAUAUUCAAGCCGUUUGAAAUGCUCAGUAAGGCUACAAUCAGUUAUGUAGCAAACUCGGAGCUUCUCGGUGGGCGAUCAACAUUGAUUGGUGAUUUGAUGCAACUGGUCGGUGCAGAAAAUCCAACUGGAGUGAGCGAGCUGUUGUGGCUACGAACAUCACCAGCUUGGGUUGAUACUGAUCACGGUCCGAACACCAAGUCACUUCCUGUCAUUUCAGACGUUUGUUUCUCCGGUGCCAUUCUAAACAGCGCAGAACAAGUGAACAUAUACGUGGAACCAACCACUCAGAUCAGUGCUGUCGUUGAUCAUUUUCAAUUUAUUCAGUUGACGAGGCUGGCAUCUUCGUUGUCAGACUUUUUUGACAUGUUAGCAGAGGAUCAGAAACAUUUUAAUUCUGAAAGAAGUGUUCCUUCGCCCACUGUAGCAGUGUUGCUCGCUAUCAAACAGGCACGAGCGAACAUUUUGUUGACAAUGGGAGCGAUGCCUUCACCUUAUGACAAUUGCCCAGCAGUCACAGAAAAUAUUUUAGAAUGUUUAUCAGAAAACAUUGACCUCAAUGAAAUGUGA